AUGCAGUCGCACGCUCCCGCCGAGCUACGUCUACGUCCACUGCUACUGUUCAUGGCUCUGCUUAUCCUCACCGGCGCCUCGCCCGCGCAGCCGCAGCCGCCCGACGACGAGAGCUGCGCGCCGGCGGCGUGCGGCAACCUGACCAUCAAGUACCCGUUCUGGCUGAUCGGCCGCCACACGUCCAGCUGCGGCUUCCCGACGUUCGGCGUCACGUGCAGCGACGACCCUACAGGCGCCACGCCGCCCACCCUCAGCGGCUCCUACCUCCGCCUCAUCGACAUCCGCUACGGCGACCGCACUGUCGUGGCCUUCCACGCCCGCCUCGCCUCAGGCGGCGCCUGCCGCGCCAUGCGGUUCAACGUGUCCACCAGCCUCGCGCUCUCGCAGCUCGCCGUCAGCGCGGCCAACUGGGAGCUCUUCUUCCGCGCCAACUGCACACGCGCGCCGCCGCCGCCAGCAGAGGCGCUCCGGCUCGACUGCCCCGGCGCUGGCACGUGGUCCGUGUACGCCGGACGGAGGUACCAGCCUGGAGACGGCGGGAUUGCACCGGCUGCGCCGCCAGCGCCGCCAGCGGAGCCGGCAGGGUGCAGCCACACGGUCGUGCCGGUGCUGCCCGGAUCGGAGCUGAGGACGUGGGAUGACUACCCGGGGAUCGUCGGGCGCGGGUUCAUGCUGGAGUGGACGGUGCCGGGCGACUGCGCGGCGUGCAACGCCACCGGCGGCCGGUGCCGGUACGAGGACGGCGCCAACGCGUUCGGGUGCCUGUGCCCCGGCGGCAGCGUGCAGCCGGCGACGUGCGGUCCAAAUGAUCCUGAUAUCCAGACCACUGCCUACUAUGGGGAUAUGUGCUGGAGGAAGUAUUCUGUCAUGUAUUCUAGUUUAUGA